CCAUGGCUCAGUUGAUGUUACACUUGCCUCUCACAGUCAGGACUGUGGGUUCAAUCAAAAACAGAUUGGUCGACGGUGCGAUACUGCGAGAGUGCUGCACUGUCUGAAGUGUUGCCUUUCAGUAACCUAUCAAAAUGGCAAAGAACAAAUCAAAGGCACAGAAACAUAAAGAUGUCUUCAAAGUUGCCAAAAGCAAAAAUCUCAAGGUCAAAAGUAAAACCAAACCCGUAACUUCAAGUCUCAAGAAGAUUAACAUUGUGAAUAAUGAAAAGGUCUGUAAAGUCAAUAAAGCUUUUUCAGAAGUGCGAAAAGAGGUCCAGAACCUAUCCAAAGACACUUCAACAUCUUCAAAGAAACCACUGCAGAUACCCAGGUCGCCACCUGCUGAAGUGCUAAAUAUGGAUGCUACCACUCAAUCGUUUUCUCAAUUAUGAAGUUCAAAGACUACUUUAGCUGGACUUGUACAUCAAAAAAAGUGUAUAGUGGACAACGUCUUUUGGGAUUGAAGUUAGAGAAUUUUAGCCCUAUAAGUCAAUGCCACACGCACACUGUCAAAAAUGAUUAGUCAGUUUUCUUUGGUAUAAAAGUUGAUGAGAUUCUUCAUUCUUUUUUAACAAACUAGAGACUAAAGAUAAAAUGCAUUUAUCUUUCUCUAUAAAAGAAACCAAUUUGGAAAUCAUUCACAAGAAUACUUUUAGCAGAUACUUAGGAAAUUAACUUCAGUUGUAAAUGUGAUUUUAAAACAAAAAAUUACAUUGCAUAUUUGUUUGAAUAGUAUUGGUGAAAAUGGUGAGAAUUUGAAUACUCUUAAAGUAUGAAAAAUUAAAUCUAAUUUACUUUAUUAUAGCUCCAACAGUGAGUUGCUUUGUCUAUACAAUAAUCCAGUUGGUUUUAGCAUCUAUUUUAUACUCAAAGGCAGUAAUUAAUUAUUGUUCUUUUCUAUUUGUCACCCUUCACGUAGAACUGCUCAAAUGGUGGAAGUAAACAAAAUAACGCAAGACUACUUUAAAAAAUGAGGCUGUUCUAAAUAAGUGUAGUCAGAAGUUGAAAUGAUAAGACACUAGUACAUUUUUCAGACUUACUAAUUAUGACUUCUCAAUAGGGGCUCUAUGGUUAGAAUGUUCUGAGCUGCCCCCUUCCUGGCUGCUGUGCCUUCAAGAGUACUGUACACCCCUUUGUUUCUUAAGUGCAAGCAACUCCAAGAAUUUUUUCAUCUUGUGGCUAAGCAGAUCAGGAAGUCUUGUAAUAAGAGAAGAGGUUAAAGUAUAUUGAGAUAAUGCAAAUUCCUUAGUUUUAAAAUUAUUUCCAUAUAAUGGCACAGUUCAUACUUGAAGUAUACUUGAACCAAGAGGUUAAUCAAGGAGGAAUACAAGUUGAACAGAAACCAUUGCAGGUAAAGAACAGAGACUUGGAGUAUUGGUACUGCUAGAAUAGUUAUAACAGUUAAUGAAUGCACUUUAGUUUGCAAUUUCACACAGGAUAUGUGCAACAACCAUAGUAGAACUGUGGUCAUAUAUGUUACUAUUAUAUGCAGUCUGUGUGCACUCUGCAGCCUUUUCUAUUGAUCUGCACAGUCCAGAAAUAAACAGGAAUCAUUCAUGACUA